AUGCCUGCUUUUCCAGAAGAACUACUUCUCACCCCUAACCCAUACCGUUCUGCAUGUUCCCAAUUCAAUACUCUAAAAUCUGGGAAAUGUACAAAUAAAGUUGAAGCUUCUUUUUUUUUUUUACCGCAGAAGAAGUCGAUCUCUCUAGUCUCCCUCACCAACGGUGAACUCCACUUUGUUUCACAUGUUCUUGCCUUCUUUUCCGCCUCCGACGGUAUCAUCUUGGAGAAUAUUGUCGGAAGAUUCAUGAAAGAGGUUCAAAUCUCAUAG